AUGGCAUUUUACGUUCAGACAUGGGAAGAGUACCACACUCACACGCUCACGCUGGGCGUCGUCAAUGGCCCCGUCGAAGGCGUCUUAAUUCUCGUCCUGGUGUACGCCCUGACUGGUUAUCUUGGCGGCGCCUCGUUCUGGCAACAGCCUAUGCUGGCUACGCUUGGCGUUCCGUCCAGCAUUAUCGGCCUUGUUCCGUCAGCGCUGCGGGACUUAUCCUUCACUGGUUGGUAUAUGGUGCAGGGGGCGGUCGUGUUGGUGUACAACACGGCCGAGUCGGCCCGCACGGUGCUGCGUGUGUGGCACAAGGAGCAAAAGGAAGCCAAGGCGCACGGGACGGCAGCCGAGGUCGGAAAGGGCGUCAACCGCGAUAACCACCCCUUCCUUGGCCUUCUUCCGUUUGCCAUCACCUGGGCCCUUGUUGUGGUGUACUUGGUGCUGCAGCCCGAGAUCCUGCACUCCCACCUAGUCCCCUUCGUGUUCUUUGUGGGCCUCAUCAACGCCUACUCCGUUGGCCAGAUGAUUACGGCACAUGUUUCGCAUCUGCCCUUCCCUUACUACAAUGUCCUGGUCCUACCUCUCGCCUGGGGCGUCGUCGACUCCCUUGGUCCGCUUCUACGGCGGAUUGAGCCGGCAGUCGCACCGCUGCUAUUCGGCAGUAGCGAGCCUCCGUCGUCCUUCAAACUUGGCUGGCCCAGCGCUCUCGGCGACGGGGUCUACCAGGUUGCAUACAUGUUCUGCAUGCUCGGUAUGGCCGUAGGCGUGUACGGUUCCUUCGUCGUUGACGUCAUUGUCACCAUCUGUGACUAUCUAGACAUCUGGUGCCUGACAAUUAAGCACCCUCAUGUUGAGGGCGAAUCAUCCGACAAGGCCGCCACUGGUGCAACGAGCGGCCAAGCAUCAUCCACGUCCGUUUCUCUAGACACAACAACAGUGCAGAAGAGAAAAUAG